CGGAAGGAUAAUCGCUGGAGUAUAGCCACUACUUGCGGAGAUGAAAAAAAAUUACACGUUCACCAAGAAAAACCGAAGUGGAGGAGGAAGGCAGAGCGCUGCGGCGUGACGUGACGCCACAGGUUUCUGCCGCUCGCCGCCUAUAUGAGCCGCGUGCCGCAGCCCUGCAGCACACAGCACACCAGCAACUACUACUCUUCACAGUACUACACCGCCGCCAUGAGAGUGUCUGUUGCCCUGAUGUUGAUGGGAGCGGUGCUGGUGGCCAAUCUGCUCAUCGUCAACGCAGCCCCCAGCCUCUACCGGAGUCUGAACGUGGACGAUGCCGACAAUUCUGACAGCAACGAUAGUACUGCGAGCCUCGCCAAGCGGAGUGUGAAUAUCGACAACAGCAGCGAUGAUGACGAUGACGAUAAGAGGAUUGUCAAACGGAGUGUGAAUAUCGACGACAGCAGCGAUGAUGAUUCCGACGAUAAGAGAAUAGUCAAACGGAGUGUGAAUCUCGAUGAUGAUGAUGAUGAUAGUGAUGACGAUGAUGACGAUAAGAGGAUUGUCAAACGGAACGUCAACCUCGAUGACGAUGACGAUGAUGAUGAUGGUGACGAUGACGACGAUAAGAAGAUUGUCAAGCGGAAUGUGAACCUCGAUGACGAUGACGACGACGAUGACGAUGACGAUGACAAGAAGAUCGUCAAGCGGGCUUAAAGAGACGGACAACGCCAUGUGGACUUCACCAUCUCAUCACACUUAGCGCUCCCCUCGUCACCUGACCUAAAGAAAGGAGGAGGAGGAGGAGGAGGAGGUGUGUCGUCCCCGCAGUCCUCCUAACUCAUCAUAACGACCAUAACUGUAAAACGACCUUAUAUUCUGUUGCCUGUGUCCUUGUCUUGUGUUUCAUAAUUAUGUUUUCUGUCUGUCUUUCCUGUUAUUAGUUUUUAUUUUAUCUGGUGCCUCUCAUCUCUUAUCGUUAAUUGAGGUGUACUCUCUCUCUCUCUGAAAGUACUGCCUCUUUCUCUUCAAGUUGUGGUUCUUUCUUCAGAGUUAAGCUUUUUUUUGUUAAGGUUUAGAAAAAAAAUAAGAUUGUAAUGACUGUAGCCUUGGAAGAUUACUACUAAAUUUCCAUAUAUUCAGAAUUCUGUAUCAGUAAAGAUAUUAACGUAA